UGGGCACAGGCAAUUGGGUACACGGCCCCCGUCGUAUUUCGAAACAGACUCUCAGCUGAAAGUUAUGCAAAUUUAUUAUCUCUUCAUGUUGCCGUUAAGAUUUUGACGUCCAAAAGAUUGUGUUACACUCACGACGCGUACGCCAAAGAUCUUUUAAAAGUUUUUGUUAUGAACUCAAGUAUAUUAUAUGGCAAUGCUUUCGUCUCAUAUAAUAUCCACAAUCUUAUUCACCUUAGUGAUGACGUUAUGCGUUUUGGGCCCAUAUAUUCGUUUUCGGCGUACGCUUUUGAAAACUUUCUCGGCAUAAUUAAACGCUUGUUGCGCAAAAGUGAGAGAACAUUGCAACAAAUUCUUAAGCGAUUGUAUGAAAUACAAGUGUCCCGUAUUUCUAUGCCUGAAACUGUUGAAAGAACUUGCCCAUUACUGAAACUUCCAAUUAAAGGGGGCAUAUUGUUACCUGGUAUGGAUUUAACAACUCCCCAAUUCGGUCUCUUAAACCUACCAAAUUUCGAACUGACUACUGAAUGUGGUGAUAACUGUGUCAUGAUGUCUGAUAAAAAUGUCGUAAAAGUAGUAAACUUUGUUAUGCUCACUGAAAUUCCGCAUCUUAUUGGUAGAAAAUUUGCUGAAUUUUCUAAUUUAUAUCCAGCACCAUUUAAUUCAACUAUGCUGGGCAUAUAUAAAUGUAAAAUGUCCCUUGAUUUAGAUUUUUGGCCUGCUGAACAGUGUGAAUGUAAAAUGUAUUUGAUGCCAAUAAUCGCUACUGAUGAAUUCACUGUUUUCCCCAUAGAAAAAUUGUAAACAUUCACAAUAUAUAACUGAUUCAUUGUUAUUAGUUUUGUUUUUUCGUUAUUUUAGUGGAAACAUGCCUGCUAAGCCUAAUUUGAAUAAGGUCUCGACCACCAAUCUUCGUCGAGUUGGUACAAGAAAGCGUGUAGCUAAAGUUUUGGACGACUAUGUGGAUGCUACUUAUAGCGGGUCUGACCCCCAAAAUUUACAUAAAAUUCCAGUACCACCGAAUCAAAACAUAAGACCACCGAAGGCCUCAAGGACGUCAGCUAAUGCAGAUAACACUUUCCAGGACUGUUCGAUUGGAGCUGGUAAUAUUUUAUCGUUCACGUAAAUGUAUUUUCGUUCUAUUUAUUGUAAAUUGUUAUUUUUUUGAAUUCAGCCAUGAUAACAAUGACGGACCAAUUUUCCGAACGCAACAAACAAGCCAGGGCACCGAACAGUGGUCUUUUAGAGAUCAUAUUACACUUAGCGAAGAUGAAUCAUUGGCUUCACAAGAUUCUCAGGGAAGUAAAGAAGAUACUGCUGCAUCCACCAAUUUUGAAGCAGAAAGGGAAUUACAAGGUUUGACAUCACAGUCGCCAGAUAACCAAUUAGGCUACACUGAAUUACAUUCAUUAGAAGUCGAGAAUUGUGGUUAUGAGAGUGACUCACAAGAACAGGUUAUUCUUCCUGGAACGUCUGGAAUAGUGAAUUCUCAUCCGCAACUGAAGCAAAAUUACGGCCAUGAAAAUAAAGCACAAAACCAUUCUGUUAUCAGGCCUUACUCUUCUCGGAAUGAGAAUCCCCGUCCAAAACUGAAUCAAAAUGACGGCCGUGGAAUGGAACAACAACAACAGGUUACUCGUCCUGGUCUGUCUUGUAACGAGAAUCACCGCCCACAACUGAAUCGAAAUGACGGUCAUGGAUGCGAACCACAACAACAACUGGUUAUCCGCCCUGGCCCAUCUCGAAAUGUGAAUUGCCAACGUGAAAAUACCCGUAAUGUAAUUGAACCACAACAACCCGCCAUGCCUGGCCCGUCUAGAAAGGUGAACUCUCAUCCUCAACAUGAAAAUUCCCGUCAUGGAAGUAAUCAACAGCAACACGUUAUCCGGCCUGGCCCGUCUCGAGAGAUGAAUUCCAAUCUGUCGCUGAAUGCACAACAUCAUCAGAUUAUUCGGCCUUGA